AUGUCACAACAACAAUUAUCGAGGACAUCGAAUAAAACAAAAAAACAAGAAGAUGAUCAAACUCUUCUCAAUAAAAUCAUGAACGAUUAUGAUUCACAUUCGGAUGAUGAGGUUGUUCCACUUAUAAACAAUAACCAACCUUCGAAUAGAGAAAUAUUCGAUUCCCUUCAGAAACGAAAUGAUAGUGUUUUUUCUUCUACACAUUCCGAAGUGAGUGCGAUAGUGACGAGAAGAGAGGAAGACAAUACUCAUGACGAUGAAAUUUCGUAUGACACUUAUAAGAAAGUUAAUUGGAAAGAUGCCAUUCUUUCACAUUUUUGUUUGAGAUGUGGAUUGUUUUUCACGAUAGGUUUAAUUAUUGGAUUGACAAUUUUCCUUAGUUUAUGGUUUGCAAUUUAA